GAGUCGAAUAGCAGUGGAGAAGCGGUGAUUUUCACGGCUAUCAAGAGGUUCAUUGAACGGGAUCGGGUGGUGUUUGUGUACCGCGCACUCACGGAAGGCCAAGGCAAGUUUUCUGGAAUUUGCUCAGAUGAAACUGGGUGGGUUGUUGUUCGUCGUCAGAUUGGAGACACAACGCAAAAUGUGUGUGACUCGACGAUUCUUGAGAACUGCGUGCGCAUUUUACCUGUGUGCUGUGGUAGUCCAGUGAGUGUUUGGAUGAAUUUGCAACUCUGGUGGUGA